GUGGGAAGAACACAAAAAAUAACUGCAAGAUAAAUUGUGUUUUCUUUUAUUUUAAAACCGUCUUGCGCUUAUCGCGGUGAUUCUCAGAACAUUAACAAUGUAAUUUACAGAUUGCCUUUUAUUAUACUAAUAAUCGCAUUAUUGCUCUUGCUCGGUGCUACAACCUGCUUUCAACCAAGUAAACGCAAGCACACGUAAACAUUUUAUUUAGCUCCACAUAUUCUUGCAAUACCUCUCUACACCCCCCUUAUUUCAUGCAUUCGGCCCACGACGUCCCAUGUUUGUGGUUUACUGUGGCUUUGGUAGCUGGAUUAACUCCACCAACAUGGCCCCCUGCCUCACAUUCCUCCCGAGACACGAGAGCUAAAUUCUCGGCGUUUUUUUUUACCAGAAUGUAAAUAUUAUGAGGUAUUAAUCGUGCGACGCUGCGGCGCAGGGUGAUGACGACGCCGCCGGUUCUAUCUAAGGUCCUAUAUAAAGUCCAGAGCGAAAGCAGAGGGAGAUCGAGGGGGUUAAAUGAAUUUGAAAUUAGUGUGAAUUGCUUAGUUUGCGUGACUAAAUUACGUAAUGUUUUCUAAAAUAUAUUUGCAUACCUUAACGCCGAAGUAGUGUGGCUUGUUUCUGUUGAGUGCUGAAAUGUUUAUGACGUGAAAACUACUCAGAACGUGGAUAACUGUUCCCCAUCUUUUUUUUUUCCUGUCGUCUCGCAGGGCAAAACAUUUAUGUUUUUCCAGUGUUUUUUGUUAGCCGAUAUUGGGAGAUAUACAAUUUUGUGCUGUGCCACAUUCGCCUUGUUAGUUGUCUGCUGCUUUUGCAUGCGUUGUAUUUACUAUUUCGCCAUCAUAAAUGAUGGCAGGACUAAGAGACAUGAAUUAGGUCAAAAAUGUUGUGUGCAAUUAAUAGAUGUGUCACGCAAAAGUUCGACCUAAUACGAGAUAAAGGGCACCCUUCGGGAUCAAAGGGGUUAUUUACCUGUACGUCAUGUGGCUUUGUAGAGUCUAAACGAUAACUGUUGGCUCAGUACACAUCAGAAAUGUAAGCCUGGUAAAGAUAUAAACGCACAGACUCAAACAAGUGCUUCCAGGAGUUUGAUUACGCUCUGCUGGGGGUUGGAAACGCGUAGUUACUCAUGGCUGAGCCACGCAGGGUACAGCUGACCACUCUCUGCAGCAAUGUCCCCCUUCCUUCAAGUUUGCUAAAGAUUCCCCCCAAGGAGGACAUAUCCGCUGUGUGCAGCCCCUUGGAGCAGGAGACGUCUCCGGCAACUGCACGCCUGGUGCUCGCCCUCUUUGAGCCCGAUCAGCGGCGCUGUCCAGAGUUUUAUUACCCUGAACUCGUGAAGAAAAAGAAUAAUGCCUUCAAGGGAACAGCAGUAACACUGGAGGAGGAAGAGAGUGCGUCGCAGAGACAAGAGGCCGAAGCUCUUGCUAAGAAGUUUGAAGAAAAAUAUGGUCCAAAGAAGCGCAAGAAGGACCGUGUGCAGGACUUGAUUGACAUGGGAUACGGAUACGACGAAACAGACCCGUUUAUCGACAACUCCGAGGCUUAUGAUGAAUUGGUGCCGGCUUCACUAACGACAAAAUACGGCGGAUUUUACAUCAAUUCUGGGACUCUGCAGUUCAGGCAGGCAUCAGAAUCUGAACCUGAAGAUGAUUUUACUCAAGAGAAGAAGAGACUGAAGUCUCCGAAGAAAAAAUUAAAGGAUGGAAGUGAUAAAAUAAAAAAGAAGAAGAAAGAAGAGGGUCAACAUAAAAAACCCAAGAAUGCUGGCAUCAUGCCACUUAACGCCAACGGGGAGAAGAAGAAAAAGAAGAAACAGGCUGGAGCCUUGAGUGUGGAUGACAUGCUGAAGGAAUCCCUUGAAAAAGAAGAGCCUAAGCAGAGCCACGGCCAUCAGGCUGCCGCCCCCUCGAUUCGAGAGAGUGAUUGCACCUUAAAUGCAUCUGACCCUCUGCUUUCUCUCAUUGGCUCUGCGAACGAGAGUGAUUUGUUUCAGGCUGCUAGCUCUAUAGACCUAGGGGAUAUCGAUCUGGACAAGCUCCUCUAUGACUCGCCUGUCACUAGCCCGCUAGGCUUGGAUGAAAACAGUGACCCCCUGUCGGGGGGACAAGCUCAGAAACAGCCCCCCACACUGCCUGAAGGACUGCCGACGGCUUUGGAGAAGCGCAUCAGUGAGCUGACGCAGGCUGCUAAAGCUUCAGAAGGUGAGGGAAAGCAGAAGUUCUUUACCCAGGAUGUUAACAGCAUGUUGCUUGACAUUGAGCUUCAGUCCCGAGAGCUCAACAGCCAGGCACGCUCUGGUGUCUACGCUCACCUGGCCUCUUUCCUUCCCUGCAGCAAAGACACUUUAGUAAAAAGGGCAAAGAAGCUGCACUUACAUGAACAGGAUGGCCGUCUGAAAGAACCACUUCAGAGAUUAAAGGAAGCGAUCGGCAGAUCAAUGCCUGGCCAGAUAACCAAGUACCAGGAUGAAUGUCAAGCUCACACCCAGGCAAAGUUUGCUAAGAUGUUGGAAGAAGGGAAAGAACAAAAGGAGAAAGCCUGCUCAGAUGAGGAUGAGGAUGAAGAGAAAAGUGGAAAACGGGUUAUGGGACCCAGAAAAAAAUUCCAGUGGAACGAAGAAAUCAGGAAUCUCCUCUGUAAUGUUGUCCAUAUAAAGAUAGGCAGCUAUGAACUGGAAAGGAACAAGUCUCAGACUGCAGAAGAGUAUCUGAAGGCAUUUCUGGAAGCUGAAGUUAAACCGCUGUGGCCGAAGGGAUGGAUGCAGUCAAGGAUGCUUUUUAAGGAAAGCAAGAGAGUGCACAGCCAUGUCACUUCCAUACCGACCAAAAAGAAAGUUAUUGCAGCUCCGAAAAUAAAAAUGAAGGAACCAUUUGUGAAGCUUGAAAGAAAAAUAAUAACUUCAUUAAGUGCCACACCUACACGUUCUGGAAAUUCGAGUGUCCUGGUACCUUGCUCGGUUAGCAGCCCAUCGACGCCUGUGAACUCCUUUAUUCCAUCUUGUGCAGGUACGCACAGCUCCAAUAGCACAGCCACUCCUCAGUCCUAUAAUAUGGAUGACUCGCUUGAUGAAGACUUAAUCCAUAACCCUCCCUCGCUAGAAGCCGUUUCUGAGGAGUUGGCAGCACUGAAUAAUGCUACAAGAGGCAGCCCUGAUUUCAGUUUUCAUACCGUCAUUAAACCAGCGACUGACAACAUCACAGUAUUAAUAUCGUCUGAAGAGAUGAAAACUUUGCCAAAACCGUCUGUGUCCUCAUCGCAGUCGCCACUCAACCUUUUAGCAGAGCAGGCACUGGCACUGGGGCAGCUUUCCCAAGACAAGAAAACGGAAAACUCUCAGACUUUGCCUUUACCCGGCUACAAAGGCCUUCUUUCCCAGACUUCUCCGAAUAACAAAACUCUUCCGGAAAACAUGCACGCCAAGCAGAAGAACUUUGGAGCCACACGCCCCCAUCAGUCCCCAGCUCCAAGCUCUUUGCUCUCCCGGACUAUGAAGCCUUUUCACCAGUCCCAUCAGCUUCCAAAAAACUUUCCUUCACCAGUGCAGUUUAACCCAAACAAGUUGCAGAGUCCCUCCCAGGCUAAAGCAUCCAGGUACUUUCAGCAGGGCGCAGGGCUGCUGCAAUCGAAAGGAGCUACAAAGUCCCCAGCUUUCCAUCCCCUCCCCUCCGCUCUGCCUAGCGGCGGUCAGGGUUCCUCCGCCGGCAUGUCCAAGAUCCUCCCCCCGCCAGGGGCCGCUGUCGCUUACGUACCCAAGCACAACCCCACCUCCAGCGCCACAGGCCAUCCGUUCAAGCCCUCGUUCCCGCUGCCCGCGGCGGCCAAGUCCAGCGUUCCCCCGGGCGGCUCCGCGCAGAGCGGCCCGACUCCGCUGGGCGCCGGCGCCGGCGCUAUGGCCUCGCCCCACAAGUCGCCCUCUCCGGGUCAGGCCGCCGUCCCGCAGUCCCCUAACUCGGCAGCAAAGAAGGCCCUGUCUUCUCAGAAGCUGACCCUCGUGGCGCCCCCUGGCGGGUCUAAUGGAGACUCCACCAUGGGAAUGCAGGGCGUUGCAAGGCUUCUGACUUCCUCCCUAAAGCCAGCGGCAGCAACGCCAGCAGCUGCAGCCGCUCCGGCAGCGUCGCCCACAAAGAGCACCACGGGCACAUCUGUGCAGUCAAGUUCUCCAUCUAUAAACCUUCUCUCGCCGUCGUUUGCCACAUCCGGCCAGAAGCUAGCACCGGGAACGCUGGGGAUAUUGCCAGGAAUCGUCCCUAUGCACACGUUCAGCUUCCCCGUCAUCACGUUUGGCUCCGACUCAAAGUCCAGCGGAUCCAAAGACGCUAUUGUGACCGGCCCGGCACCAGGGACAUUCCACCACGGGCUCACGCACAGUAUUUUUGCUGGUUUGCAUUCUAGCCCCCUCCACCCACAACAGCUCCCACAAUGCACUCUGUCCUCCCAUUUACAGCCAAGUCUGCAAGACAGCAGCCAAAUCCAUGGAGAAAAUGCGAAUGUGCAGAGAAAGCUGCCCUGAUACGGCUCUUAAGAUGAAACGUGACUGUUUUCCUUCGUGUGCUGCAGAUGAACAAUGAUCAACGUUGGUCAUCAAAGCAUUUGUUUAAAUUGAAAAUGAUCUGGUUAACAAAAAAAAUGGCUCUUUCAGAAAAGCCAAUGUUUUGGAAUGGAGAGAUCACAGAAUUUCAGUUUAAAUUACCUGGCAUGAUUCGUUGUAUCCUUUUAAUUACAAUGUGAAAUAUGAGAUUGGUAAUGCAAGUGAUUCCUCUAUCAUGAAGUGUCCUACAUGGAUAAAGAAUGGAUCUUUUGUUUGCUUCUUGCUUAAUUUGCAUAAUGUUUAGUAUGAACUUGGAGAUCCUGCAUCUCUUUUUUUUCUCCAAUUUGUUUGCCAAGGUUGGUUUCCCAAAGAGAUUUAUGUAAUCAUGGAGCUAUCCACACAGAACUUUGGAAUAUUUUAUGGAAGUACCCUCUCAAAUAUGAAUUGUGCUAAAAACUAAAUGACAACGUUUGAUUUUAGACAAUGUUGUUAGAAAAGUGAUCAGAAAAGCUUAUCAGAGGAGGAAAAGUUCACUCAGCUACAAUACACAUCCACCAUGAUCUACGACUUGACAAUCUUCAAUCAUGUUCACAUCGUUGAACAGGAACUGCAACCGUAAGUCUGAAUAUUGUUGAGGACGGCUACUCUGAAGCUUCUUGUGGCCAUGAAAUCUAAAAUAAGGUUCUACAAAACUCCAUACUCCCUGUUCUAAGUCUGUUUUAGAUAUUAUCAGCCCAAGAACUUCUGUUUACAGCCUGUAGCUGCUCUCUGUUAGAACUCCACUGUAUUUUAAGUUGUUAGUACUAAACCCCAUGUCCUUGAAGAAUAAAUCCAGAAAAAGUGUUCUGUUUUUGAUUAAAUUUACUCAUCAAUUAAAUCUACACUUAUGUGGAUUAUGCAGAUAUGACACAUGGUUCAGUUCAGCAGUAGUGACACCAAGUGCAAGAAAUCCUUACCUCAAGCCCUGUUUUUUUUCUUCUCCUUCGUCUCAAACCCAUAUAGUAAUUUGCUCCUAUCCCUGUAAGUAAGCUGAUCUGAAGACCUUGAGUUUGUGCAAGCGAGAUGAAAUAUAAUGACAGGAGUGGCACGGCAGUGGCUUGUACUGCUGCUUCAGCCUUCUGGUCAGAUCUUGAUUCUGGACUGGGGCGAUUCUGUGUGGAGUUUGAUUUUGGCCUUUGAUGUUCCUCCCACCUCUCAAAGACGCGCUGACCAUGUUAAACUGAUUUCUGUAAGUUGCCCCGUCUUGCUUGUACCUGUGUCCUGCGAUGAACUAGUACAACCAGUCGGGGAGCAGUCCCACCUUGCUCUCUGUGCCGCAAUCGUUGACUGCAGCAAGCAGCCUUCUGAUAGUGAUGGGUGAUGUCAUAAACAGUGUCUGGAGAGGCUUUGUGGUAAUUGAGGGGGUUCAGUAACUGCAAGUGGUCGUUGGAGUCCUGGCAGAGACUGGCGUCGGUGUUCUGGUGAACUGGGACUGAGCCGCUAGAGUAAAAACUGCAGUGGUUUUAACCUGUGAAAGUCAAACUUCAGAAAAAUUUCCAGCCCUUUUGGGGAAAAGUGGUUAUAAGACCUCUAAAAGUCGUACGUUUGUAAACGUGUAACAGAAUGAUGCACAGUGAGUUGUUCUAUUGCAGUCAAAACCUUGCAUUGAAUUCUGCUCUUAAGGGCAGCUUCUCUACUGGGCUUCUGCAGUUUUUUGCCUGAUACACCAAAGCAUUAAGUAUGGGUAACCGUUCCUGUGAUCAGGAUGGCAUGUGUUGCUGUGUACAAAAAGUGCAUUUCAGAUAAGGUAUUAAAGGUAUAUUUAAAUAUAAGGCAGAAGCUGUGUGCUAGAAUUAGGCAAGAAAAUCUAAAACCCUUAGAAUGAAAAGAUUCUCUGAUCUGUAAGCCUAAGAGUUCUGCCAACCUUCCCCAUAAAACUAAAGUGAUUUUUAAAGGGUUUGUAGAAAGUGACGAUUCGUCAUCCCAACAUAGAAUGUGGUAGGACCACAUUCAAAGACCUAACCCUUGGAAAGAAAACCAGGAAGCACUUAUUAUAGACCGUAGGUAACAGUGGUGUUUAAACACAUCCAGGACUAUAGGAGCUGAAUGUGGUAUUUUCUCAGAUGUAAGCUCAAAUAUGCAAAAAUAAUUUUUCUUGUAAUAUAAAGUGCACAGAGAAACAUUGGAAUAUGGGAAAAAAAACUGCUAUAUAGUUCCUGAAACUUUCAAAAAGCUUUUAAACUUUUUUUCUCUCAUGUAGAGAUUGCUAUUUAUUUUGACUGCUUUUGAAAGAGAAACUUGAGUUCUAAAAAAAUUAGGUUUUUUUGAGGCCUUAUGUGAUUUGCAUUUAAAAUGCUGCCCUUCGUGUGCCACUGUUGACCUACAGAUACGUUACUUUCUUUAUAUUGUGUUUUCUAUAUAUUUUCUAAAAAUGGAACUGGAAAAGACUUUCAUACCUCCCGUGACAUCAUGAUUUGUCUCCCCACCUUCUUCCUUGUUGGGUUCUAAUUUAUAUACAUUUCUCAAGUAGAGCAUGUGCACAGCAGAGAAUUGGGUUAUUUUUGUAACUGGCAUAUUUCUGAAUACAAAGUUUGUUUCAAGAGAUUUAUUCUAGUCUUUAAAAUGGAGGCCCAACAGCAUUUUUUUUAUUCCUCCUAGCCCUAUUUAAGGUUUAAAUAAUCAUUUAUUCAAUAGAUGAAAAUUGUACUGCAACACUGUAUAAUGAAGUGUUUAUGCUGUUGUAUAAGCUCAGGACUAAUUGUUGACCAUUUUGAGCCAUUUAUUUGAGAUUUGUAUAUUCUGAUGUGAUGCGCUGUAGAUUGUCAAUGUAAAAUAGCAUUUAACUUUUAAAAUGCUUCAUUGUACCUGUAAUGUUUGUUAAACCUGUAUAAAGUGUUUCAUGUUUUGUAUUUAAUUGAUAAGCUGCACGAACUGGACUUUAAUAAAGUUUUUUUCAAAAGUCAAA